CUUGUCCACCGGGAACAUGGCGGCGUGAGGUGUACGACGUAACCUCAUUUAUUUAAUUAUUUUUCUACAUGUUAAAUAAGUAGACAUAAACAAAGUUUUUUAAAAAUGUUAUUAACAAAAGCAAAUACGUGCUUUUGUAUAAAGCGUAUACCGUUGUUACAAAAAAUACGUGCAUCAAGUAGUGCAGUUACUGCAAGUGAUAAUAAAUUUACAGACUAUGUUGAAUAUCCUCCAAUUCAAGAUGUUAGUUUUCCUGGAAAAUUUAGAAGAUAUCAAGAAGAUUGGCAUGAACAAGUUAAGAAAGUCAAAACAGUUGAGGAAAAAAUGAUUAAAAUAAAUAUGCCUCGUUUUUGGGGUUUUAAAUGUAUGAUGUAUGAAGAAGAUAAAAUUUUUUACAAUGAAUUACCACAUGCCCAAUACAUAACACUAACACACGUUAUGAAAGAGCCAAAACUUCCAUCAUAUUAUGAUAAUCUUGUAUCAUCUGAAACACUUGACUCAUUAACACAAGAAAUUAAAGGAUCCAUUGAAGAUGCAAUUGUAUUUGAAGUUGAUCAGAGAAAAAAACUUCAAGAGUUGCCUAAAAAUAUUCUUGAUGCACCAAGAGCAGUGGAAGAUAUAAUUUGUUCUGCUGUUGCUAAAUCAGUCAACAGAAUAAUGCUUGGUUACUUAGCUGAAUAUAAUCAACAUCUUAAUGAAAUGGAAAUUGAUUAUGAGCCACGAAUUGAGGCUGGUUGGUUUGCUGGUGGAAUUGAAUUACAUGAACAUAUUAUUAGAGGUAGAAAAGCAAGAUUUUGGAAUGAUGUAUUACAUGAACCAGCUGAUAGACCAUUUCAGUUUAUUGGAAAACCAUCAUUACAAUUGAGACAUAUUCAUCCAUUAAAAGAAAUAAUACCAUUAUCAGAAUGUGAUAAUCCAGAUUUUGAUGUUCCAAAAUAUAAAUUUGAUCCAAGAACUGUUGGUCAUGCAUUAAAAAGACGACACAUGACUAAUAUACCUGGUUUUUGGCCUGGUGCACAAAGUGAAUUUGGCUUUAUGUCAUAUCACAAACGUGGUUAUAUGAUUGAUAGAACUUUUAAUGAUGAUUCUGAUGCUCUUAAAGCUCAAGCAAUUUUUGCUAAUUAUGGCUGGCUUUUAGCACAAGCAUGUAAUCUUGGUUUUACAACAUUUAAUGAUGUUACGUAUCCACUAGUUAAUCAAGCUAUUAUUACAAAUGGUCAAUGGUGGUCUUUUUGUGUUUAUCAAUUAAAUACAACACUUGUUAACACUUGGCAUCAUGAUGAAAAUCCAAAACGUAAUCUUUGUUGGAUGCCUGAACCAAUGAAAUUAUAUGAAUCUAUUGAGGGAAAUAAAUUAAUUGGUUUCAAUGAUGAAGUCAUUAAAAAUUUAAUAAAAUUAUAUUCAAAUGCACCUGAAGAACGUGUUGGUGUUAAUAUGAAACCUUAUCUUGGUGAGGAUGAAAAAGUAAUAGCAGAUAUUCAAAAUGAUGAAAAAAGAAAUUGGCUAGAAGAUCGUUACAAGAUGCUUGUAUCAAAUCGACCCAGAAAAUUAUUGAUGCCAGAAUUAUAUCAUUGGGAAUUAAUUUACAAGCAUCAAUUCAAAACAAUGCCAAUGGAAAAAAAACGAACACCAUGGGACUUUGGUGUCAAUCCAUUCCUUCGUCGACUCAAUCAACAUAUUCCAGCGUACAUACCAAAAGCCAAACGAAAACCAGGUGCUUACAGAAAAAAAUGGGAAGAUACUUUCUAUCCUCAAUAAUUACAUUAAUUGCUGUAAGUAUGUUAAAUAAAAUGGAAAUUAAAAAAAUGUAUUUGAGAAUAAAUAAUAAGAAUUUAUUACUUG